AUGCCACUACUAAUCGCUUUCUCAUUGCUUUUGCUGUUGAAUAAUGUGAGCCUUUCGUUUGAGUCAUAUGAGUUGACACCUUCAGACGAAGUCAUUGCAGUUGCAGCACCAAGCCAAAUAAAGAACGUAAUCUCUAACGCUAGCACCGACGGCGGUAUUCUGUUGCAGAUGGUUUUUGCUUGUACAGACAAUAACUCGUGUCAGAACAUAAAAUGCUCGGGAGGUCCGAUAUAUACACUCCAAGUUGAAUUCGAGUACAUUUGGAAUUGGUGCGGUAAUAAAUAUUUUGACGUCAUCAUAGAGGAUUGCACAUUCAACCAAAAUACUAUUAGCCGAUCCACAUUCUCAGGGAGUUUCAAGUUGUCCACGUUAACAAUACGAAAUUGCCAGCUCGAUACGAUCGCCGAUAAUGCUUUUAACUACAAAACGCUGAAUAAAUUGACGAAUUUAACAUUUGUGGAUGUGCAAUUGAAAUCUUUGAACGCGCAAACGUUUCUUGGUUUGGAAGCUGUGGAAAAUUUCCAACUGUUCAAUGCGCUCAAGCAGGUAACUCUGCCUUUGAACGCUAGUAAUUUCUUGCAACCAAUGGCUACGAGUCUAAGCAAUUUAGUGUUGCUACAAACAGAGGAAUCAUGUUGUUCCAAUGCCAUCUAUGAUCCCACUGAGUGGUUGGGUGGUAACAGCGCCACCGUCUAYAGUAAACUAACGUAUGUCGACUUGAGCGGCACGAAGUUUAACGACACACUUAACGGUAAUACAUUCGCAAAAUUAUCAGCAGUGCAAGAACUUCGGCUGGUCAAUUGCAGUUUGAGCAGAAUCGCCGAAAACGUAUUCACUGGCAUUUUGUCGACACUUAAAUCGCUCGAUUUGCGAUAUAAUCGUUUGCAGACGCUGGACGGUGAGUUCCUAGGCGCUGCUAUUUCCAAAGGAAUCAUCAUGGAAUUGGGGUGGAAUAUGUGGAGAUGCGAUUGUGACAAUAUGGAAACAAUUGAGUACAUGAAGCAAAUAGAAAAUAAUUCCGCGGCCAAUACCGUAUGUGCAACACCAACACAUUUAGCAGGCACACAAAUCCGUUUUGCGCAGCUAAGGUGCCAUGACACAACCACGCUUACAACCAUUAUGACGAACUUAACUACUAUAGGAGUCACUACAACUAUAGCUAUGGAAACGAAAACAACAAUGGUCACAACCACAGAUUAUACCACAAGGGAACCGACAAAACCUAUCAGUAAAGCAACUUCAACUUCAAUUUCUUCUACAAAUACAAUCACUGCCUCAACUUUGCCGAUAUCAACCGCUGAUAUAACAUCGACUACUGCAAGUGAUAAGACUGAAGACAACACAGACUCUACUACAAUUAUAAGUGCCGAUACUACUACUACGACUUCAUCGUCUAUCACAAGUAUUGUGCCGACAACUUUAGAUGAAAGUAUUGAGGUAACCACAGAGUCUAACUCAAAAACUUCAUCAACGUCUUCUACAACUGCAAACGACAACUCAACCUUUCCGACUUCAGCCUCUGGCACAAGUAUAUCGCCGACAACUACUGUUGAUAGGACUGAGAAAACGACAGAGUCUAACUCAGAAACUCCAUCAUCGCCUUUUACAAAUAUAAGUGCCGAUACAACUACUAUGACUUCAUCCUCUAUCACAAUUAUUGUGCCGACAACUUUAGAUGAUAGCACUGAGGUAACCACAGAGUCUAACUCAAAAACUUCAUCAACGUCUUCUACAACUGCAAACGACAACUCAAACUUUCCGACUUCAUCCUCUGCCACAAGUAUAACGUCGACAACUACUGUUGAUAGGACUGAGGAAACGACAGAGUCUAACUCAGAAAUUCCACCAACAUCUUCUACGACUCCAAACAACGACACAACAGUAUCGACUACAUCUUCUGACACAAGUAAAAUGCCGACCACUUCGGAUUCCACUAUUAUAAACACAACACAGUCUAAUUCAGAAAAUCCAUCAAAAUCUUCUACAACUACAAACCACAACCCCAUCUCGUCGACUUCAUCCUUUGCCACAAGUAUAACGCCGACAACUAAUGAUGAUAGGACUGAGGAAACAACAGAGUCUAACGCAGAAACUUCGGAAACAACUUCUGCAAUCACAAUCAACCAACCAACCUUGUCGACCUCUUCGUCAACCGCAAUUAUGACGCUAGCAACACCACAUGAUAAAGUUGAGGAAACAACUGUAUCUGCUUCCUCGGGUGCAGCAAGCAUUCACCGAUGGUAA